AUGGAUCCUUUACGAGGCUCAAAACGCAGUUCGAUUUCGUUCGGUAGCUAUCAGAGACAGCCUAUGCAAAGCAGUUAUCUGUCGACUCCCUACGAGGGCUCUCUGCUGUCUCAUGGCGGCGGUAGCGGUGGUAAUCCGUACUACGUUUCAAGAUCUCCGAUGUACUCGCCAUUGGACCACUCGCAGCCGAUGUUCUGGACCAACGGUUACUCGCAGUUGCACCAGCUUAGAAACUCAGCUGCGUUGACAAGCAGCUCUGUGUGUGAAUACGAGGCUAAUUACGUGCUGUUCGGUGUGGAUUGGAGUGUCGACGACUACGUCUGUCUCGGAUCUUACCGGGAGAGUGGUGGAAACCGGCUUCAGGUGAUCAAGUCGGUGGAUAUGUUGAGCUGGGACCGAGUGGCGGAGUGCAACGUUACGUUUCCGGUAAGCACCAUGCAGUGGCAACCGAGCCGACCCCAGCCGCGUUGUUUUGCCACUUGCUCGGACUCGCUGAGGAUCUGGUCGCUGGCGGACGAUGAGACGGCGAUUCACGAGCAAAUCAACUUGUCGUUGUGCAAGCACAACAAGCAGCAGAAAAAGGCAGUGGUGCCGUCGGUGGCCAAGACCGGUUCGGGCGAAAGCGGGGUCCUCGGUGAGCUGCCGCCGAUCACCUCGUUCCACUGGAACCCAACAGACUCGAACCUGCUGAUCUCCAGCUCGAUCGACACCACAUGCAUUGUGUGGGAUCUGCAGAGCGCGAACUACGUGCGGACGCAGCUGAUCGCCCACGACAGCGAGGUCUUCGACGUGAGGUUCCUCACGCAGUCGACACAGCUUUUUGCCAGUUGCGGCGGAGACGGCAGCGUCCGGGUCUUUGAUCUGCGCUGCCUGGCGCACAGCACCAUCAUCUACGAGCCCAGUGUCGUGCCGGGCGGCUCCGACACGACGGCCGGCAAUAUUGACCCAACCGACCGCGCUGCAAACGCCGACCUGGAUUCCUCCGCCCUACUGAGACUUGAGCCGUCGCCGUUCGACCCCAACGUGAUCGCGACCUUCGCGCUGGACUCCACGUCGAUCCUGAUCCUCGACAUGCGGAACCCGGGCUCCCCCGUUCUCACACUCGACGCCCACACCGCCCCCGUGAACCAGAUCAAGUGGCAUCCCUCCCGCAGAAACGUCCUGCUGACCUGUGCCGACGACUGUCAAGUCCUCUACUGGGACCUGGACGCCUCACUGCUCGGCCCCGCAGACCCGGCAGCUGCCACGCCUACAGCCGGAGACCCCGUCUCCGGUCCAGCCCAACACGAUCACAAGUGGAGCUUCAAGAAUCAAGCGCAAUCCAUCUCUGCGCCGGCGCUGUUCUACGCAAACAACGGACAAGAAGUGAACAACAUCGUCUGGCGCCCGCAGGGCGCAGACUGGUUCGGUGCAGUCAGUGCCAAGCGCUUCCAGAACGUCAGGAUCUAG